AGCGCCUGCAAGUGCACCAAGAAUCCGUUUGCCACCGGCCCAUCGACGGCGAUCCACCUCCCACCAUGUCCCGCAAGAAGCCAACGGCCCCCGCGCCGGCCGUGGCCUCCACCGGCUGCUCCGCCCUCAUGUCCUGCCUCUCCCGCCACCGCCGCGGCCCGCCGCAGCCGGUGCCGAGGGGAAGCGACUCGCUGCCGCGCAGCAGCGACGCGGACGGCGGCGGCAGAGCCGCCGAUGCCGCGGAGAGGUACUGGAAGAGGCUGCAGCUCCUGGAGGAGGAGAUCAGGAGGCUGAGCGUGUGGCUGGGCCAGGAGGAGAUGCUCGCGCCGGCCACCGAGUGCGUCGUCAGGGGCAGCGCCAAGGCCACGGAGGAGGGCGCCAGCGCGGUCACCGAGUGCGUCAGGAACGGCGCCAGGGCCAGGGAGGAGAGCAACAGGGCGGCCACGGCCACGGUUACCGCCACCAACAGGUGCGUUGGCGCUGGCCAAGCGACCGUCGGCGUCGAGGAGAUUGUGAGGCUGGAGGACGGCAGCUACUUGCGCGAGGUCAGGCGGGUCUGCCGGCCGUGGGAGCGGCUGGCCGUGCAGGUCUCGCGGCCCGUCGUUCCCGUGGACGCGGCGAGCGCGUCAGAGGUUCUUGACAAGAUGGCUGCGAUGAGGGCUGAGGACCUGUGCAAGUUCCUGAGCCAGAUGAUGCCGCUGAAGGACAUCACAGGCCAGCACAACCCCGGCGAGCCCGUGCGCCGGACGGCGAGGCUGAGAUCGGGGGACGACCUUUUGGAAGCUCUCGUCGUCAGGGCAAUGGACAAGCUGGAAUCUCUGGUCCUGGAAGGCCUGAAGAUCCAGAUGGCCUCACCGGCUACUGAACCCACCGCUGACCGGAGGCGGGACGAGGCGGCGGUCGGCAAGGAUUGCAUGGUCCAUGUGGUCCUGAUGCAAGCGAGGGAUCCAAAUGAGAGGUAUGGCGCCAUCGGCGACACCAUGAUUGGUCUGAUCGAGGCGUCUCUGCAGAGGAAGGAUGGCGCGGUGAAGCUGGAGAUGCAGGCGUUGCACGUUGCCGGGAUCAGCUGCUUCCUAAGCAAGAAGCCCAGCGAUGGCAGAUACAUGAUGUGGAGUGCUUCUCUGAGACAGCGCAAGGGGUCACACGACGGCGACGGCGGAGCUCAUGACAAUGGCUGCCGGUGCACUUGUGUUCGGAAUCCCAAUCGGGUGUUCGAACCAUAGAGAUUAGGGUGUUGCUUACCGAGCAAUUUGCCUUUCUCAAUAAAAGUGCAUGUCAGUAACUCUAGUAUUAUUCUUUUUUCAUAUGGUUGUAUUUUUAUUUACAGAAUUUUACGAGGAAGUAUUAAUGUUAUCCUAAACGUUAACGUCGGUCA